AUGAUGGCGCCUGUCCGGACAAAUGGCAAGAUUCCUCCGCGUCGCAUGUUCAUCGACUUGACGCAGGACAGCGAGGACGAGACGGACGAUGAGGACGUCACGGAUCAGGCCAAGGUACUAUUGGAUGCGUUCACUAAGUCCAAAGCUGGGGAGUCGCGGCCAUUGAAACGAAAAUCACCUGCAGACGAGGCCGCAGUGAGAGAGCCCAGAACAGUACCAGCAGUGAAGCAUGAGAUAUUCAGCCAUCAAGAACCACCACGCCCGAUUAAUGGCGUCAACGAUACAGUCGACCACAACGCCUCAGUCGCUGUCAAUAGUCCCAAGCAAUGGGCUCCUCUGGCGGCGCCUGGAAAGCCUCUCAAACGGGAGUCGAGGGGGUCGACUCCGAAGCCAUUUGCUGCUGUGGCGCCCCGUUCAUCUGCUUCUCUUCAGUCUCAUGUCAUCUCGUCCAAUUCCUCCUCAAGAAAUAACUCUAAAAAUCCUACACUCCCUCCAGCCACGCGUCUACCAGCAUCUCUUCAGUCUGAAUUUGACUCCUCCAGUGUCUCCUCCGGAAGUAGUUCAGAGAGACCUACAUUCAUAACGAGAAAAAAAGCCACCCCACGACGCACUCGCUCACCAUCUGUCGUGAUAACGACUCGGCGAAUGCCUCAAGUCAUGGUUGUCGUCCCCCCUCCGCCCUCAGCACACACCUCGGGUACCAGACUCUCAAAAAGGAAGGUCAACAGAUUACCCUCUGCAUCCCCUGAAGGCGAAGUGGAGUCGGACCCUGAUGAGCCCAAGGGCGUCCAGCAGAAAUACUAUCCCAUAGAUAUGUAUGAUCUACAGGCAGAAAUGGGCCGAUAUCCACAGGCUAGAUCAACAAACAGCAGGCUCGUUGUGCUACCUACUUGCCCUGUUCCCCCUUACGACAGUGUGAACAGGGCCCACCCUAAGACACCCCAUAGUCAAAAACUAUACUUACGUGAAUUACUCGAAAAGAAGCUUCGCAAAAUUCAAGGCCCCCCCGUGACCAUGGCUCGAGACUGGGAUGGAACGGGCAGCCUAGCUUCAAACUUUGAGUUCACAAACACCUACAAACUCCAAAAGGGUGUCACUCGCGCAGACGAGGGCUUCAACUACGGCUGUGACUGUGGAACUCAAUGCGAUCCUUCUCGAUGCACAUGCCUAUCGAAAGAGGAAGAGGAGGACUCAGAGGAGCUCAUGGUCCCUUACGAGCAUCGAAACGGCAAGCUUCUCCUCAAAGAAGAUUUCAUAAACCGCAAAGUUAUGAUCUACGAGUGCUCAUCACUCUGCCCCUGCCUGCCAACCUGUUGGAACCGUUUGGUUCAACAUGGACGCAAAAUCCGACUCGAAAUUUUUCACACAGGGAAUCGUGGCUUUGGCUUAAGGUCGCUUGAUUUCAUUCACGGGGGCCAGUUUAUCGAUAUUUAUCUGGGAGAAGUUAUUACAUCUGCCGAGGCCGAACUUCGCGAGGACGCCACGAUGGGGAGUAACGGGUCGCAUACUAGUCCAUCCUACCUCUUCUCCCUCGAUUGGUUCCCACCGUCCUCCGAGGACGACGACGACGACGAAGAAGAAGAAGGCGGCACUCACUACGUCGUCGAUGGACAACGCUUCGGCGGGCCAUCGCGGUUCAUGAAUCACUCUUGCAACCCCAACUGCAAAAUGAUUCCCGUCUCUACCCACCACGGCGAUCAGAAAAUAUACGAUCUUGCCUUCUUCGCACGCCGCGACAUUCCACCGGGUGUUGAGUUGACCUUUGACUACAAUCCUGGUUGGAGCCCAGAGAUGAACAGUGACGAUCCCAACGCGGUCAAGUGUCUGUGUGGCGAGGCUCGGUGCCGGGGGCAAUUGUGGCCUAAUCAGAGGAAGAGUACAAAUGUGAGAUCUUUCAAUUGA